CUCUUAGAGGCAAGAGAUUCAGGAUAACAGAGAGACGGAGAUCACAGCUGCAGAAGAUAAGCUGCCGUGAAGCUUCACCCUGUCAUUUGGACAUCAGUCUUUCAUCCAGGACUCACUGAUCAAUGCGUGACAAUGGAUGUGCUGCUUGGUCGAGCAAACAUAACAGCCUCCCUGAACAAGAGUGACCCCUUAGACAUGUUCUCAGGCCUGCAAUUGCUCUUGCGCCUCAAGCCGGUCUUUGUGCCUCUCUACUGCCUCCUGGUGGUCGUGGCCUGCAUGGGCAACGCCUUCCUGCUGGCCUGUAUCCUCGGUGACAAGAAGCUGCACAACGCCACCAACUUCUUCAUCGGCAACCUGGCGGCAGGCGACCUGCUGAUGUGCCUCAGCUGUGUGCCCCUGACCGCCUCAUACGCCUUCGACGCCAAGGGCUGGGCGUUUGGCCGGCCGCUCUGUCACCUGGUGCCCUUGCUGCAAGCAGCCACUGUCUUUGCCUCUGUGCUCUCCCUCACCGCCAUCGCCGUGGACCGAUACGUGGUGGUGGCCUACCCAGUCCGGCAGCGGAUUUCGCUGCGGGCUUGUGGGGCCGUGGUGCUGGUAGUAUGGGCCCUAUCUCUGCUGCUCGCUGCCCCACCUUCCCUACAUACACGUUACGUGGAUCUGAGGCCCAGCGGACUAGAGCUGGUGGUGUGUGAGGAGUUCUGGCCAGGCCCCAGGCGACUGCGCCUCCUGUACUCCUGCCUCAUGCUCUUGGCCUCCUACAUGAUCCCUCUGCUGUCCGUCUGCAUCUCCUACUGCGCCAUCACGGCCCGCCUCCGCCAGCGCUCCCUCCCCGGCGCGCCCCUGCACAGCCAGCACCGCUGGAACCGCAAGCGCCGCAAGACCUUCUCCCUGCUCGUGGCCUCCGUGCUCGCCUUCGCCCUCUGCUGGCUGCCGCUGCAAGUGCUCAACCUCCUCCUGGACCUGGACAGCGAAUUCCACAUCGUGGGUAAGCGCUACGUGAAUGUGCUGCAAGUGUGCUGCCACCUCGUGGCGAUGAGCUCCGCCUGCUACAACCCCUUCAUCUACGCCUCGCUGCACAGCAAGGUCCGGCUGCACCUGCGAGCGCACAUCUGCCCACAGCGUCAGCCCGGUAGUCUGGCCGCCCUGCGCACCUCCCACCACAAUGCUACGUGCCUCAGCCUUGUGUCUGAACCCCUUACCAAGGAGGGCCAGGAAAUUCCCAGGCCCUCCACACCAAAUCCCUCUAGGACCCAGUAG